ACAAAUUAUAGUCAAUCUCUAAAACAGUAGGCUUACAUAUAUCCAGUAUGAUAAAAGGUAAUUUUUACUUCCACAACAUAAGUCCCAUAAAUGUAUCAAUAAGUCAAAAUUACUAGUAUUUUUUAAUUCUUCCAACCAAAUCAUGUAAUUUAGGGCAAUUGAAAAGCAGAAUCCCAGUCAAGCCAUUAUGUAAUUUUCAAGCUCAACAGGUGCUUCACAUAGUGGUCAUUAACACACACAUCAGUAUGUAAUUUAAGUUUGAGUAAUAAUGUGUGUUCAUCAUGAAUACUCACCAACAAGUCACAUCCCCUCACGACCACCAUCACCACGCUUGAAUUUCGCGCCUUGUAUGUAAAUUACUUCCUGUUUAAGUAAACUACGCCGCCAGGUUGACACAAUCUAGCGCUCUGAUUGGCUGAAUUGUUCAUAAACCACACACCUGACUAUAAAAUGGCUGUUAAUUGCGUAGACGAUUUAACACGGCGUUAUCAUAAAACUAUAUGGAAAUCUAACUACACGAAGCAUAUGGAUGCAUAUGGAUAAUGUAAUAACAACUUAAAAUUCACAUUCUAGAUCAAACUAAACUAGAUCAAAUUAAAGUAUUGUGAAGGAUUAUGUCAUAGACUUGAAUAAAGCAGGCACACUACGGCAGAAUGUCCAUAAGAAUGUGAAUUUGCAAUGUAUUAUGGGCAAAAAUAUACAGCCCAUAACCCAAAUUAGGUCACUGUAUGAAAUAGUAAUAAAGACACGUGGGCGGAAGUCAGUGACGUCAUCAAAACAGUGAGACAGGCGGAGGAAAAACAGCCCGUCAGUGGAUGUGACACGCUUACAAAUACACAGAAAACAACCCAGCGAGCAGCAGCAAAUGAUGAUCCGGCUCCAGCAUCUUGCGUAGUCUACUCGAUUCAACCGGACGGACAAGUUUUUGUUAUAUUUUUCUCUCCCUUCCCGAGUCCUCAGAGGCAGCAGCACCAUGGUGAAGCAGUCGGACCGAGCCCCGCUGCUGGACUGGGAAGAGAUCCCACCGCCCGAUCCGAACCAGGCGGCCCAGCAGCAGCAGCCGCCGCCGCCCAGGGAGGGGGUCGCACCGAAAAGUUCGCAGCCAGCCGGGCGGCACGCACCGACGGGCACCGCGGCUCGCACUGGGUGGAGCACCACCGCGGCCACCACCAUCACACGCAGCCUGACGAGCGGUGGAAAAGCUGCGGUUGUCAGCGGGAACGGAAGCCCGUGGACAGAGCCUCUCGGUACAGAUCGUCAUAUACCCUUCCCCGGCCUCUCGGCGAGGGAUCAGUGGGAGGAAAAAGACCAGAUCGUGGCUGUGUUUGUGGUUACCUUUGAUACAAGAUCAGGGAAUAUGGUGGAGUGGUGCCUGCCUCACGACAUCAACCUAGAUGGAGUUGAAUUCAAGUCAAUUGCCAGCGGUUCCCAUCGGAUCACCAGUGACUUUAUAUAUUUCCGUAAAGGCUGUUACUUUGGGCUGGCCUGCUUCGCAAACGUGCCUGUGGAGAGUGAGCUGGAGCGAGGAGCGAGGAUGAAGUCAGUGGGAAUUCUGUCUCCCUCCUACACUCUGCUGUACCGCUACAUGCACUUUCUGGAGAACCAAGUCAGACUCCAGCUGAAGUGUCCGGGCCAGUACUCUCCGCUGGAGGCCUUCUACGAGGAUAAGAAGGCCGUCCUUCCCCCGACAGCAAAUGGUCUGGUCACCGCUUGCCCGACCUGGAGUGUUACCACCAUCAACCGCUGUAUGCACCCAGAAAUGAAGAUCACCCACCCAGCUGGCUGCAUGUCCCAGUUCAUCCAGUUUUUCGGGGAGCAGAUAAUGGUGCUGUGGAAGUUUGCACUGCUGAGGAAACGGAUCCUCAUCUUCUCCCCUCCACCUAUAGGUGUGGUCUGCUACAGGGUGUAUUGCUGUUGCUGCCUGGCCAAUGUCUCUUUACCUAGAAUCGGUGUCUCCGUGCCUGAAUUACGGCCGUUCUUCUACGUCAACAUAGCCGACAUCACUGCCCUGGAAACGGAGCUGUCAUACGUGGCCUGCACCACAGAGAAGAUUUUCGAGGACAAGAAGGAGCUGUACGACGUCUACGUCGAUAACCAGAAUGUGAAAACGCACAGAAGCCAUUUGCAGCCGCUGCUUCGACUGAACGCUGCAGAUAAGGAGAAGUACAGGAAGCUGAGUGAACAGAGGCAGAUGUUGCUCUACUCUCAGGAGGUGGAUGGAGACUGCACGUCAAAUGAAGAGGAUCUUUUCAUUCUGUUCUUCAUGGAGCUCAAUAACCGCAUCUUCCAGACCCUGUCGGACGUAGCAGGGAGCACCGAUCCCACCCUCACCGCUGAGCACGUGAGGGCCAUGGGGCUGGAUCCCCAGGGCGAUCGAUCCUUCCUGGUGGACCUGCUGGAGGUGUACGGGAUUGACGUCACGCUGAUCAUAGACAGCCUCUGCUGUACCUGAGCCCCCGUCAGCUUUGGGGAAAAACUCGGAACGCCACUGGAUAUUUGUGCCUUCAAGGCCCACUCACACCAAGACAACGUAGACACUGCCUCCACCCUGGGACGUCCAUCUGUCGCCUGCUGUCCCCCUCCUGGGUUGUCUGUUUCCCCUCUUUUGUGUGUCUCAUCUGACCUGUGGAGACUGUUUCUAAACAGUGUGGUUGAUGAGGACAGUUGGUGCACUGCUCCACGGGGGCUGAUAAACACUUGCCUCGUAGAUGAUGCCACUUGGCAGCUGCGUGGUCUUACAGCCAUUCACAUCUUCCGUGGCUCAGUGCUGUGUUUUUUUUUUUUGUCAGAGAUACUAGUUUGUUUGUGUGCUCUUGUUUUACCAUGAUUCCAGCUGAAGUGGCCAGGGCUGGAGGUCUUGAUUGGGUCUGGUCAUUGCUGCAGGAUAACUUGGUCGUUCUUCACUGCACCCGUCACAAUGAAGAAGUCAGUGAAAACAUUCACAAUCCCCGCAGCUUUGGGGUCCACAUACGGUUUGUCUGAAGAAAAAAGAUGAAUGUUGUGUGGGUGCGGUUGAACUGCUGCAAAUGAAUUUGUGUGCUGCAAAUAGAUUUUAUUGAAGAUUCUAGGCGUCAUAAUGUGCAACAAAUUCAUCCUGAUGUAAUAACAUACUUCGAUGAUUAUAUUUAGUUGAUCGAAUACUUUUUGACUACUUUAUUUACCUUUCAAAAAGGAAGCAAUAGAAGCCUGUUAGUUGAAACCAGCCCUCUUCAUGUAUAUGCGUUUUUCUAGUUUUUACUAUUUCUUUCACAACGGAAAGUGAGCGGGGAGGAUGUUUUGCAAAAGAGUGUGAUAUCCUCUUUUCAUAAUGGAUAAUAGAAUUAUCAUAAUUAAUAUGAAGCUGAGAAUGAGGAGAGAAAAGCUGUCAAAUACUUUGUUCAUAUUUCAUGCACCUUCAGCACGAGGUCGACCUGACGAUGCGUCUCUGUGUUUGAUCAGUCUCAUGGAGGCGUUCUGGAAAAUUCCUGUUUGUGUUACAUGUUUUACCCUAAACUCAAUGAAUGUGACUCUAUACCACUAACUCAUCAUGAAUGCUGCACCAUGUCCACCACUGGAAUAGUUCCUGAUGCACACAGUGAUCAUGCUUAACUGUACCUUUUUACGCUAUGUUUAUGACUAACCGUCUGAGCCAGCAAGUGCUGUGAAGUGUGAAGCGCUUUGUGUGUUGCACUGGCUGUCAUUGUUCUUUUUUUGUACUCUAACCAGAGGCUAGUUCAUCAACGGCAGUCAAUAUAUGUUGUGAUCGUGUUGAGCGAAGAGUCCUCGUUGGAGCCGCUUGUGGUUUACUCGUUGAUCAGCUUCAGAGAGAUCCUCUUUGCGUGUCUGUGUCCCUGACAAAGAUCUCUUUGUGUUUUUGGAGAUCUGGUGUUGUUCCCAGUGAAGGAUGGGCGGGAGCUUUAAGAGCCCCCCCCCCCCCCCCUAGUCUGUUUUAGCUGAGGUUUUUUUUCUGUCUUUUCAUCACAGUCCUCCUGAUGAACUGCGUCUUUUGGAUUGUCCUGGCAGAUUGGCAACGUGAUGGAUUAAAUAAACCAAUCAGUCGUCAUUUGUUCCAUGUUGGAACACGCGGAGCUGAUGUCUCGUAUAGAUUUGGAGUAGUGGUUCUCAGCCUUCUCGUGAACCCCCUGAAACAAGCUAAAACAUCAAGUCCUUUUUUUUUUUUUUUUUUUUUUUAAAUAUGUACAUGAAUCUACAAAUAUCCAUUUUUAAUUCAUUAUCACAUUCCAAAAAUGAUCUUUCUGUGGCGGAUCCUUAUGUUGACAACUGUUGUCCUUUUGACUUGAACCCCAAAGAGGUUUUCUGGGUCAGUUACAAAAUGGAAAAAGUGCACCAAGUGUUGUAUUUGAAAGAGCUUUGUUGUUUAAACGGGGCCUUAAGGAAAUUAGAUUCUCUCAAACUUGCACGAAAGUGACCGACUCAUUACUGUACGCACGUCAACAGUAUCUGCUGACGGCACUUCUGAAUGACCUCACCGGGUGCAGUUAAACCUGUUGACUCUGGACUGGUCUAUUUACUUGUCAGCAGACGUAAUACUCUUGCCGCUGACCGUGUUUGCUUUCAGGUGUCUGUUAAUGUGAAACGGAAUGUACACAACACAUACCGCUGUAUAAAAGGCCUUCUUUGGUCACAGAUGUGUACCAGCAUUGGCUAAAUGAGUCGUUUGUACAACGUGUCACUCUACCGAAUGUCAAAGACAGCAAAAGUAUUGCACACAUGCAGCAGCAACACAUCCAAGUAGUGUAACUGUUUCCUCUUUGAUUGUGAUUGUAUUCACAGAAUAACAAAAUAUGUCUUCACCUUUACUAAUGUGAAACACUGUAAGAGAUGUCAAUAAUGUACACAUGAACUCAAUAGCAUGAGCAAUUGUUCAUUUCACUGUACUGCCAUUGUAAAACAAUUAAACAUUGAUACAGUUUAGGUGUUACCUAA